AUGGACAGUUUUUCUGGUAUUAGUCUCCGUGAUAUUGCCAAUCUUUCUCCGGAUAUGGUAGCAAAGCUUGAAGCCCAGCUUGCAGCUGAGUUCAAAGACACAUCCAAAGCGUAUUUGAAAGCACGAUUAAACAGAAUUUCCCAGAACCUCGAACUGCUUCGUAAUAUAAUCGGAUAUAUAACCAAGCAGGAAACACAGUGGAUUCGUAAGCAAAGAGAUGAAAUAUCAAGGGUUCAGGCUUUGAAGUCUGAAGUAGAAAACAGCUGUUUGCGUGAAGAUGGAACAAAUUAUUAUGCCCGCCUUAGAGGUCGUGAGGAUCCCGACGUUGAAUUACAACAGCUUAUAGAUAACCUUGCGUCGCCAGCACAGUACGAUACGAUUCUAGGGGGCAAUAUGGUGCUGGAAGUUCCAUUCGCCGAUGACAUUCGCAAAAUAAUUACACCUAUCAGGGCAGAAUUAGCUGCAAUCGACCAUGACAAUACCUAUCAAGAACAGUUAAUUCGCUCAAUUACAAAGAAAAGUGUGGAGAUACUCUGGCAACAAUACAGACAAGGUCUUUUAGAUAACAAGAACAGGAUGAUCGACGAAACGUACGAGCAAUUAUUCAAUCUCGAACGUGAGUAUCACGACCUCGUGCCCAACAAAAUCAAAAACGAACAAUUGGAUCAAUAUCAUAAGUCGGUUGUGCCGGUCACAAGUAUUAAACGACAUCAUGACGAAUUGGUCUCGAAGGAAGAUUUGUCCAAUUCAAAGUUUCGACAAGAAGCUGUCUCACCGUAUAAUCAGGACUCACACUAUUCAGUGAAAAGUCGGUUUGUUCGAAAUAACCGAAUUGAAAUUACCAAUGCUAGAAAGGAAGCUCUCAGGAGCGUGCAUUUGUCGCAAAUGUCAUUUGAGACUUCUCUCUGUCAUCUGGAUUUUACAUUGAGUGCGUCUGAAGUUGAGGACGAUAUAUUAAGCAUCAGAAAAAAGAUGGAGAUAUCUGACGAAAUGCCAUUAGAAGAGCAAAUUGAAGAAGCACUGGCAGCCAUCGAAGAUACACCCAUCCCAGAAGAAUCACUUGAAGAGAAAUAUAAGCAGUUGUUGACCAUGGAAGUUAAAUCACAAUACUCCACCUUUUCGCAAGGACCUUCACAAAUAUUCGACUCGACUCGUUCAGGAUUCCAGACAUCUCCACCCUCGUCACAGUUUUCUGACACUUCUUCGGGAAAGUUUGUUAUGCCUAGAAUCCCUCCUUUAGAUUGGUUUCAGUCUAGAGGUGUCCCAGAGUACCGGUUUCGUCCACCGGUAACUUUGAAUGGACCGGCUAAUUGA